CCUUCCUCGUGAGAUUGCUGCCGUUGUUUGUCAGAAAUAUACUCUUGCUGUGUCGGUGACCCAGAAAAGUCUACAGCAGAGGAACAUAUCGUUCCAAGUCAAUGCAAUUGAAACUUUCUUUGGAAGGCAGAACUCUGUGCCACAUGACACCCGCGUCCCUGCUAUAACCUCUAUGCCACAGUCCACCCGCUUUCCUACUAUACUUCCCAUGCCUACGACAGACACAUCUUCACUCGAUCAAAUUCUUGGUGAGCCAGCUGCCGGUGACUCAUCUGUGGCUAUUCCUGACCUCCCUAUCCCCAAUGAAGAUGUCCCAAAGAAACCAGGUCCAGUUCGCACGCCACUUCGUAACCUUAAAAGAAAGCAGCCUGAAGAUCAUAGCCCUAGCACUCUCAAGAAUCCUCUUACUAAUAAUGCUGCAAACACCUCUGUCACAGCUGUUGCGGACCUCACAGCUGAAGUCAACACUGCCGCUGAGACGGAAGGUUCCUCUUUAACUGCCAAGGAUACUGAGUCAGGCCUUGAAGAUGCAAACAACAAUGGGGCAAAGAAAAGUAAGGUGCUGACAAAUGUGGCUGAUCCUCCCUCUGCAACUCCCAGUGUUCGAAUUAAGAAGUCGCCGCUAAAGAAGGGAAAGUAGUGCCAUGUUGUCAUUCCCUAUCAAGGCUGCGUGCUCAUUUUGGAUCCAUGUUGGUGUUUCUGCACGCUCGUCCAUGUUAUUACGCUUUACUUUGCUUGUAAAUUAUGUGCCUAGGUGGACAUAAUGGUGAUAUGUAAUAUAUGCUCCAAACACCACCUUUAGUAUUAUACAGGUCUGCAUGACCUGAUAUCCUAUUAAACUAGACAAGAACAAGCCCACUCUAUGGUAUUGUAUUUAGGUUUACUGCAGAAACUGCUAUGUUGAUGGUGUUGUAUUUCGUUUUAGACAAUUCUAUGCUAUCUACCGGUUUAAUGCGUACAUGUUUUAAAGUA